AUGAAAAUCAUAGUGAGGUAUCAACCUCCAGUGCGUCUGAGUUGUCCUCAUCUGAAGAGGAACAUGAAGCUCCACCUUAUGAUGGAGAUCUUCUUAUGCUUUAGAAUGGUGGAAAAGCUAGGCAUAACUCCUACUCCUCAUCCUAACCCUUACAAACUUCAAUGGAUAAAAGAGGAUGAAGGAAUAGUUGUUAAGGAACAAGUAAGUGUACCAAUUGCCAUAGGCAAGUAUGAAGAUCACAUCAUUUGUGAUAUUGUUCCAAUGGAAGCAGGUCACAUCUUACUUGGGCGACCUUGGCAAUAUGACAAACAAGCUUUGCAUGAUGGGGUCACCAACAAGAUCACCAUCCAACACAAAGGCAAAAAGAUUAUCUUGAGCCUUCUUACACCAUCACAAGUACGAGAGGAUCAAAUAAUACUUAAAAAAAAAUUGGAUGGUGAGAAAAAGCUCAAAAAUAAAACAGUUUCAAAAGAGAAGAAUUUGAGUUUGUUAGAAAGUGCCUCAACCAAUGUAGUUGUCCCAACAAAACAAUCUAAAAAUCUUUUUCUUGGGCAACCUCACUUUCUUCUCUAUUGCAAAGAGACACUUGUUUCCAUAAAUCAUCCACUUGAUUCUCUUCCCAAAGGGUUACAAAAGCUUUUGAAAGAAUUUGAUGAUUUAUUUCCUAAAGAGGUUCCAAGUGGUUUACCACCUCUUAGAGGAAUUGAACAUCAGAUUGAUUUGAUCCCUGGAGCUAGUCUUCCCAAUAGGCCAGCUUAUCGGACUAACCCUACAGAAACCAAAGAGAUAGAGAGGCAAGUCCAUGAUUUAUUGGAAAAAGGGUGGAUACAAAAAAGUCUUAGCCCUUGUGCCGUGCCAGUGUUGUUAGUCCCAAAGAAAGAUGGUUCUUGGCAAAUGUGUACAGAUUGUAGGGCUAUCAACAACAUUACAGUCAAGUAUAGGCACCCUAUUCCUCGGUUGGACGAUAUGAAUACAUCGGCAGCUUUGUUGUAG